AGAAAAUUCCGAGCUUCUAGGAACGUCCCUGAAUGCAGCACUAAAAGUGGGAGUGGCUUCUACGAGAGGUCAUAACAACAAUCAUGGCGUGGAGGGGAUGUCUUGUGAAAUGGUCCAGAAUAGAGUCCAUUAAAUCCCAGAACACGAUAACUAGUAGCUCAAGGUUCAACCCUUACCACCAGCAGAGGUUUGGUUUCCGUCGAGAAGCGAAAAGGUCGGACACCAAAAGGGGCAAUGAGACCCAAGAACCAAAAGCCUCGCCUCCUGAGCCGGGUACGCCCGUAUCCCAACCUCCACCCAAAAUCCGAAGGCCGAGUCUCCUCAGACCGUUGAUGUUCACCGUUGGGUUUACAGGCUGCUCCUUUGGCGCGGCGGCCAUUCUGCAGUACGAGACCCUCAAGUCAAGAGUCCAGGCUGCAAAAGAUGGAGAAGAGUUAGAAAAACUCGUGAUGGGCUCCCAGGAUAUGGCAUAUUGGCACGACUGGUGGAACCAGCUCUCCGGUCUGCAGCGACAGGCCCUCCUCCUCAUGUCUAUGAUAGAUGAUUUUUGGAGCAGCCUAACAGAAGGCCAGAAGGCGGUCACUGGCAUUAUUGCAAUAAACACUGCAGUUCUUUGCUGCUGGCGGAUCCCAUCACUGCAGAGAAGCAUGAUCAAAUACUUCACGUCAAACCCAGCUUCUAAAACGCGAUGCCUUCCUAUGAUCCUGUCCUCCUUCAGCCACUACUCCAUUAUCCACAUGAUGGCUAACAUGUAUGUCCUAUGGACAUUUUCCUCUGGAAUCGUCUCUCUUUUAGGAAAAGAGCAAUUUCUUGCAGUUUAUCUUUCUGCAGGUGUGAUUUCUACAAUGGUUAGUUACGUUUGUAAAACAGCCACAGGGCGAUUCCAUCCAUCAUUAGGAGCGAUGCAGCUCACCUUGGUGGAGCUCUGUUUGGAGUAUGGUACGUUGCAUACGGUCACAAACUGAUCUGGAGAAAAAGGGAACCUCUAGUGAAACUCUGGCACGACAUCCGUUCUCCGGGCUCUAAGGGAUCCAAACCUGGUUCUGGUGGAGGAUCUGGACACCCAUAAAACUCUGCAAGAGCCCAGAGAUCCAAAACGUACUUCUGAAUAUGCAAAGACUUUGUUUUCUUCAGUGACGUAAAGUGGGGGUUCACUCGUGUGAGAGAACGCCGUUUCAAUCCAAAUUUGUUUGAAUACUGUUUUUUUUUUUUUUUUUCCAGAGUUUUCUGUCUCUGAGUUGCAACUUAACAGGUUUUUUGUGGCGAUGGACAAUGGAAACAGUGGUUCAAUAAAGAACAAUUUGGUUGAGUCAAACUUUUGGUGCUAAAAAGCCAAACUUCAUGCACCCCAUUUUUCUGUUUCUACUGUUCUCAUGUCCAGUCAGUGUUUGGCUUUGAGUGUGAAGCAUGACUAAGUAAGAAUGCUUGAAGUUGUUUAGGUUUUCAAUUCAGUUUUGAUGAUUUUUUUCCAUCCCAAAUGAUUUCUUAAGGUUGAUUACUUAAACGAGUCAAGAAACUUUUAAAUGGAAGUUGAUGUGGCGACAUAAGAAAAAGAUGUUUAAUGCAUGUCGAUGCAUUUGCAACUAUUUUUAACUCCUUAAUAAAAAUUUAAAUAUUCUCA